UAUACGCUUCGAAGCAUUUGCAGCUUGAAGUAGACCCUAUCUACGACCCUCUCCUGCGAUCGCACUGUAGACUAGGCUUAAAGAUGAACGCUUGUAACGAAAGAGAACGCAGCCUCUCUUUUUGUCUUGUAAUUAAUGAAAUAUUCUAGUUUUUCGCGUGAAAAGUAUCAUAAUUGCAAGUAGAUUGCCCUGCUGUGAUCGGUGAUUGUAAUAAUUUACAAAUGAUUUAAUCACAUCUUUAACUGAAAUGAGAAUUAAUUGAAAUGAGGAAAAGAUACUUCAUAAAGAGUUAUACAAAAGAAUUGUACACAAAAUUAUGACGAGAACAUAGAUUUAUCUUAUCACAAGUUUCUAGUUAAAAAUGUUAUGUAUCUACGAUGGUUACAAUCAAUUCUGGAAAAUUUGUUGGAUUUGCCUUUACCAGAACACGCAUAUAUUUGCAGCAUACAUUUUGAUCACAACUCACAUCAACUACCUAUAUCAACAUUGAAGAAUAUAUUACACUGACAACAUCUCAGCAAAUGAUGGAUGCUCAAGUUCCUGCCAAAGGCAAAUCAUCAGAUAUAUCAUCAUCGGAAAUAUAUGAUUCACAUUCUUAUCAAAUGACAAUUGUUAAAGAAGAAAUACAGCUAAUAGAUUCUCCUUUUUCUCUGAAUGAUGAUACAUGUCAGGCCACAGAGCAAACUGAGAAGGAAUCCCUUGAUUUUCCACAAGAAAAAAUAGGGGUGGGUCGAUUUGACUGGCCACAUGAGGCAGUUUGGACACUUCUCGAUGCAUAUAAAAAGCUAAAACAUCUAUUAAGGAACAAAAAAAAGGCGAAAUUUUGGACUAUUGUAGCCUCUCACUUGCUCAAAAAGGGUUACGAUAUCACAGCGUUUCGGUGCAAAAAGAAAAUAACAAAAUUAAAAAAUACUUACGAAAAUAUAAAAAAACGCAGUGCACAGAAUGGUAACAGCAAUCAAACAUGGAAAUAUUUUGAAAUUAUGGAUGAACUAUUUAAAAAGGAAUCAUACAUAAUACCAGUUGUUACUUUGGACAGUAGCAAUCCAAAUAUAUCUUUUCCUGAAUAUAACGUCGAUAGUGAUAAAAGUUUUGAUCCAUACAAAACUGAGCCACCGGUCAAGCGCUUGAAACAGAUCGGAAGAGACAAUUGGAAGAGUAUAGAGAAAAUAAUUGCUAUCAUGGAGAAAAAAGCCAUUUUACGUAAGAAGAUGCAUGAGGAAUCGAUGGCUCGUCAAGAUAAAUUACUCGAGAUCUUAGAGAAAACUGAGGAACUAUUUACUAAACGUAAACGAAAGAAAUCCAACGAGUGCACAAAGACACACAAAACUAUAGCUGAUCGGGAUGAAUCACUUAACAUUGAAGAGGAGAUAUUGGGAAAGUGACUGAUUCAUGUGAUAUGUGUAUGGACACGGAUACAUAAUUUUACGCAAUUUUGUAUAUAAUUAUACCUAAUAUCUCCCAAGUAAUUUUAUAAUAUAUAUAAAUUUUUACAUACGUUGAACUACUAGCUGUCGUCACAAGACGACCGUAUGCUAUCGUGCUGGGAACAAUAAGCCGGCGCAGCGAGUGCGAAGUGAUCGAAGAACUGGGAAUAAUCACAUGUUGACAACGGCUAGUAUUCAUAGUUAGAUUUUAAGACCGUUUCAAUCUUUUACGGAUGCGUAUCUGCGACAGCAGCCAAAACACGUGUGUGGACGUGUGUGUUUGCGCGUGGAUUUGGUUUUGGACAUGCGUCUGUAAUCUACUACAUACAGCAAAGUCUAAGCCAAUAGGAUUUGACUUGACAUUAUAUUGGAAACUAACCACGUAAAUUCUAUAAGCUUACGUUCACCAUCUGUUGAUAUAAUACGAGGACUCUGUUGCGACAAUAAAAAUCUUUAUUUUCCUUA